GCGCAGUAGCGCGCAAGCGCAGUCGGCCUGCUGAACUGGCGGUGUGAAGUUUUACACCCUGGAGGAUGAAAGAACAUGUCUCAUGUGGACGAAGCAGCCCGCCGGCUGUCCAAAAGUGGGACAACCCUCUAUGCAGUGCUAGAACUUAAGAAGGGUGCCUCACCUGAAGACGUCAAAAAGGCCUACAGGAGACUGGCCUUGCAGUAUCAUCCAGACAAGAAUCCAGGAGAUGCUCAAGCUGCAGAAAUCUUCAAAGAAAUCAACACAGCUCAUGCUAUACUGAGUGAUCCUACGAAGCGGGAAAUCUAUGACCGACAUGGCUCAUUUGGAAUAUACCUAUAUGAUCAUUUUGGCGAAGAUGGAGUUAGAAACUAUUUCAUAGCCAAUAGUUGCUGGUUCAAGACACUCGUCCUCCUAUGUGUACUGCUCACUUGUUGUUGUUGCUGCUGCUGCUGCUGUUUUUGCUGUGGAACACUCAAACCACCACCCGAGGAGGCGAAUGGGCCGAAAGGUCAACAGAACGUCCGGAAACAACCUCCACGAUCAGGAGCAAAACAUCAUUUUGGAAAGGAUGAAGAUAGUGAAGAUUAUUAAUACAAUAGGAAGAAGGGUGAGGUGCUGGCCCAGUGAGGGUGCCCUCUGCUGCCCAGUCCACUGGCCACAUUGGAGAGAGGAACAAGUAGCCCUGUCCUGACUCUGACUC